AUGCAUCCAUCCUUCCUAUCCCUUGCUGCAUGCUUCGUCCUCGCGGUUGGAGCAAACCCGGUCAAGCCCGGCUCAGUUGAUGAAGGCGGCUCCCGGUCCCGCUGUGGCGUUGUUGCGUUCGAGGGAAACGGCAAAGUAUGGAUGGUUCAUUCUAAGGCCGACGGACUUAUACUACCCAAGGGUGGAUAUGAUUCAGACAAAGAUUCAAACAUGGAAGACUGUGUGGUACGCGAGGCCAAAGAGGAAGCUGGAGUUGACGUCAUUAGGAGCUCUAUUGUAGCUCUUUCCGUUGACGAUGGCUCGGUGCAUUGGUUUAAGUGCAAAGUAUCUGGCCACGGAACCCGAACCGAUGCCUCCCUGGAAGGGCGCAAACCGCCACGCGCACUUCCAGUCGCAGAUGCCAUGACUGAACUGAAAAAGGAUAGUAAGGGGAAGAAGAAGGGUAUGCAAAAAGCGCUUAAAGCUGCAACCAAGUAG